CCUCCUGCUCCUCCUGCUCCUCCUGCUCCUCAUCAGCCCAUUGAUCAUCGAGGAGCCGUUUGUCCUCCAGCAUCCAGAUCAGCUCGCACCUGCGUGCCGUUACCUCCGGACCAGCAGAAAUGGCUCCUACCCUCUCCACGGCCUUCAGCCGGCGCUGGUGGAUGGCGGUCACAGCGGUCAUUGAGAACCUGCUGUUCUCUGCGGUGCUGCUGGGCUGGUCCUCCCUGCUCAUCAUGCUGAAAUCUGAGGGCUUCUACUCCUACCUGUGCAACGCACCAGAAAACAUCUCCAGCCUCAACGUCUCCAACUCCUCCUCGCCCGCGGCCCCCGGGGGGGAGGAGGAGUUCCUGCUGAUGAACAACUGGCCCAUCUGCAAGGACCAGGAUGAGAGGCUGAACCUGGCCUUCACCGUGGGCUCCUUCCUGCUGUCCGCCAUCACUCUGCCCCUGGGCAUCGUCAUGGACAAAUACGGCCCGCGUAAACUGAGACUGCUGGGAAGCGCUUGCUUCGCCUUCUCCUGCCUCCUCAUUGCUUAUGGAGCCAGCGAUCCCAACAAUCUUUCCAUCCUGAUCUUCUUUGCUUUGGCCAUGAACGGCUUUGGAGGGAUGUGUAUGACCUUCACCUCUCUUACGCUUCCCAACAUGUUUGGAGACCUGAGGUCGACCUUCAUCGCCCUGAUGAUCGGAUCCUACGCUUCCUCCGCCGUCACCUUUCCUGGGAUCAAGGUAAUUUAUGACCUGGGCGCCGCCUUCAUCUCUAUCCUGCUGGUGUGGGCCGGCUGCGCCUGCCUCGUCUUCCUCAACUGCUUCAUCAACUGGCCGCUGGAGCCUUUCCCAGGACCAGAAGACAUGGACUUCACAGUGAAGAUUAAGUUUAGCUGGCUGGGCUUUGACCACAAGAUCACCGGGAAACAGUUUUACCGGCAGGUGACCACGGUGGGGCGCCGUCUGAGCGUGGGCCACGCCAUCAAGCAGCCGCAGCAGCCGUCCAGAGACCUGUCGGCGCAGGACGCCAGCAAACUCUGCCUGUCCACCGUCGACCUGGAGGUCAACUGCAAAAGCAAUGAAGAAUCCCAGUCGUUCAUGAGGAGCAUCUUCAGUCCCAUCUUCCUGCUCAGCCUCAUCACCAUGUGCGUCACUCAGCUGAGGCUCAUCUUCUACAUGGGAGCCAUGAACACCAUCCUGGAGUCGCUGACGGACGGCGACCUGAACACAGUGGAGAGGAUGCAAGUGGUGAGCGUCUACACCUCCAUCUUCGGCGUGCUCCAGCUCCUGUGUUUGGUCACCUCGCCGGUCAUCGGCUACGUCAUGGACUGGAAGCUCAAAGACUGCGAGGAUGAGAACGACAAGAGCGCCAAGAGCGAGCCCGGUCAGCCCCGGCGCCCGACCAAAAAGAUCCAGAAGAUCGUCAACGCCACCAGAGCCUUCAUCUUCACCAACCUGCUGCUGGUCGGCUUCGGGGUCACCUGCGUGGUCCCCAACCUGCCGCUGCAGAUCCUGUCCUUCGUUCUGCACACGGUGGUCCGAGGCUUCAUCCACUCUGCUGUCGGAGGCCUGUAUGCCGCUGUGUACCCGUCCUCCCAGUUUGGCAGCCUGACUGGCAUGCAGUCCCUGAUCAGCGCUCUGUUCGCUCUGCUGCAGCAGCCCCUCUUCCUGGCUAUGGUGGGACCCCUGGAAGGAGACCCUUUAUGGGUGAACGUGGGUCUGCUGGUGCUGAGCAUGCUGGGGUUCUGCCUGCCGCUCUACCUGCUGUGCCACAGCCGCCACCUGCAGCGCCUCCGAGAAGAGAGCGAGGACGACCCCAAGGUCUACGUCAAGAUGAAGGACGACGGCGCGCCGGAGGCCAGCGUGUAGAACAGGAGGGAGAGUUUUAUCCGGAACCGGAGAAGCUGCGGCCCAGAAAAGAGGAGGAAGAGGAGGAGAGCCGCUCUUCAUCCUCCACCUGCUCACAGAAACACCUUCUACACUCAGAAACACUGAACCGUUAAUUCUGCACGCCUGAACACUGUGAUUAAAACUCUGCCAGCUUCUCCAGUCAGGAUCCAAACUGACCAAAAUGGGAGAGAAAAGAGGAGCGAAGCUCCUUCCUCCUCCUUCCUCCUCCUCCUUCCUC